GACUGAUUUGCACACAGGUGAGAGGAGCCAUAUAACUGCGGAGGAGAAGCCACAUCCAGCAGCAGAUCUGUCAGCAUCAGGCAUUAACUACACGACUGAAAUAUGGCUUCCCACCUGGAAUCCUCCAUUGAAGGCAUCAUUAAAGUCUUCCACUCAUAUUCUGGAAGAGAAGGUGACAAAUACAAGCUGAGCAAAUCGGAGCUGAAGAACCUGUUGGAGGGGGAAUUUGGUGACUCCAUGAAGAGCUGCAAGGACCCCCAGGUGCUGGAGCACAUUAUGAGCGGGCUGGAUGAAGACAAGGACGGGGAAAUCAGCUUCCAGGAGUUUGUCGUUCUGGUUUUUGAGCUGACUGUGACCUGCAAUGAAUUCUUCCAAGACAUGAAGGAUCAGGGUUCUAAGAAAGUCUGAGCAUUCAGAAUAAAUCCCCAAUCCCUCCUUUACAUCAUUAAGAUCCAAACUAUAUUAUAGUUUGUGGAACUUUCAAUCACUACAAACUAAAUGUCAUGAUUCUGAUAUUUUAUUUUUGUCCUUGAAAAGUAUUCCACCUCAAUAAAGAUGUCAUCCUUUA